AUGGCUCUGGCUCUCCUGUUUCUGUUCCUCUUCCUGCUAGAAACUGUGCAGUCACAGGACCAGGAUUUCUAUCAGACUGCUGAGGCAGAGUCAUUACUGCAAACAUUUUUCGUACAGCCGAACUUCAACUAUUCCUGGAGGAUGGCCCGGAAGGAGCAGCAGGGACAGUAUGGAGGGGUCGACUGCGGGAACCAUGCUUGCACGUUCUCAGUCAUCAGUCUCUUGCAGGUGCUGGGUAAGUGGUACGCUCUAGCCAUGGCAGAUGUGGCAAUUAAGAAUGGAGCAAAAAAGAAGAUUAACAUGCACAGUGUCUUCUUCAACGUGACAGACGACCAUGGCUACCUGUUCACCACCAUCAUGUACAGGCUAUUUUUACCAAAUGUAUUUUCCAAACCAAUCAUGGUUGAUGGAUCUUACCAGGAGUGUGAUCGCUGGAUCAGGAAAUUCUCUCCAACUCAGUAUCCCAGGAUUUUCAUCCUCAAAUACCCAAGUCGAUCUCAUGGACUACAGAGUUAUACCAUGACUGUGUUAUCCACCAACUCCAAUGAGUACGCUCUAAUGGUUUUUGGGAAGGAGUUCCAUGACAAGGAGUACAUCCACCUCAUGCUCUAUGGGAGAACCAAGAAGCAGAGGCUGCUAAUGAAGGAGAGCUUUAUCUACAUUGCCCAGAACCUUGGCUUCACUGAAGACAACAUGGUCUUCUUCAUCCCUAUUGAAAAAUGCAUCGAUGAAUCCUGA